CGCUCUGUGAGGGGAGCCUCUCUCGCCCUCUCGCUCUCUGGGCGCCGGCCGCGGGUGGGGGAAGGGGAAGGGAGCCGCCGCCGCUGUUGCUGCAGCCGCCGCUGCCGGUGGAGAAGCGAGCGCACGCGCGCAUAGGCCAGAGCGGAGUGGGCCGGGCCGCGCCAGGCCGCGGCUGGGGCUGGUCACGGUGGCGGAGCCGGAGGAGGAGGCCGCGCCCCGCCCCGCCCCCAUCCCCCCACCGGCGGCGGCGGCGGCACAACCGCGAAGUGGUGGUGGCGGCGGCGGCGCUUCCUCCUGCUCUUCCCUGGCGGCCGCCGCCGCCGCCUCCUCCUCCUCCUCGGCGGGGCCGAUGGAAGGCUUGCCCGUGGAAGUGCGGGGCUCCAACGGGGCCUUCUACAAGGGUUUUGUUAAAGAUGUUCAUGAAGAUUCGGUCACGAUAUCCUUCGAGAACAACUGGCAGCCCGAAAGGCAAAUCCCCUUUGGUGAUGUGCGGCUGCCCCCACCCACAGACUACAGCAAGGAGAUUUCAGAAGGGGAUGAGGUGGAGGUGUAUUCCCGAGCCAAUGAGCACGAGCCGUGUGGCUGGUGGCUGGCCAGAGUCCGCAUGAUGAAAGGCGACUUCUAUGUCAUAGAGUACGCUGCUUGUGACGCCAUCUACAAUGAAAUCGUCACACUGGAGCGGCUGCGGCCCGUCAACCCCAGCAAAGUGGCGAACAAGUGCAGCUUCUUCAAAUUCACCAUCGCAGUCCCAGAGGACCUCAAGGAAGCCUGCUCGAAUGAAAAUGUACAUAAAGAAUUCAAGAAGGCGGUGGGCGCAAACUGCAUCUUCCUCAGUUCUACUAGCAACGAACUCAUCAUCCUUUCCACAAAUGAAUCUACCGUCAAGCGGGCCUCUCUGCUGGGUGACAUGCACCUGCGCAGCAUCCGCACCAAGCUGAUGCUGAUGUCCCGGAACGAAGAGGCCAACAAGCACUUGGAGACAAGCAAGCAGCUGGCCUCGGCGUUCCAGGAGGAGUUCACGGUGCGUGAAGACCUCAUGGGCCUGGCUAUCGGCACCCACGGGGCCAACAUCCAGCAGGCCCGCAAAGUGCUGGGGGUUACUGCCAUUGAGUUGGACGAGGAGACCUGCACUUUCCGUAUUUAUGGGGAGACCCCAGAAGCCUGCAAGCAGGCCAGGAGCUUCCUGGAGUUCUCCGAAGACUCCGUUCAAGUCCCUCGGAACUUGGUUGGGAAGGUGAUUGGCAAGAAUGGCAAAGUCAUCCAGGAGAUUGUGGACAAAUCUGGCGUGGUCCGGGUGCGGGUGGAAGGUGAUAACGACAAGAAGAACCCCAGGGAAGAGGGGAUGGUGCCUUUCAUCUUCGUGGGGACGCGGGAGAACAUCAGCAAUGCUCAGGCACUGCUGGAGUACCAUCUCUCCUACCUUCAGGAGGUGGAGCAGCUGCGCAUGGAGCGGCUGCUGAUCGACGAGCAGCUGCGCCAGAUCGGGCUGGGCUUCCGCCCCCUCUCCAGCCGGUCUGACAAGGAGCGGGGCGGCUACACCACUGACGAGAGCGUCUCCUCCCUGCACGGCACGCGGACCUACGGGGGCAGCUACGGCGGGCGAGGCCGUGGGCGCAGGGGACCCAACUCUGGCUAUGCUACCAACUCUGACGUGUCGAAUGCCUCCGAGACAGAAUCCGAAAAGAGAGAUGACUUUGAGUGCCCGCAGCCCAGUGACCGCGACCCGCGCCCGGAGGACAGCCGCAGGCGGUCAGGGGUGGGCCGUGGGCGGGGCCCGGCUCCAGUGUCUCGUGGCGGUGGCGGCAGCAGCAAGUACAGCAACUCCUCCAUCAGUUCAGUGUUGAAAGACCCGGAUAGCAACCCCUACAGUCUUCUGGACAACACCGAAACAGACCAGACCGCUGACACGGAUGCCAGUGAGUCCCAGCCAGUCAGCAACCGCCGGCGCCGGUCCCGCCGCCGCCGCACAGACGAGGACGCCACCAUGAUGGACGGGGCCCUGGAGUCGGACAGCACGUCUGUGAAUGAGAAUGGUGUCGAGGAAGAAUCUAAGCCUCAGAGACGCAAUCGCAGUAGGCGUCGGCGUAACCGUGGCAACCGUGUGGACGGCUCCAUCAGUCGGGACCGCCAGCCAGUCACCGUAGCAGACUACAUUUCCCGGGCAGAGUCUCAAAGCCGCCAGCGCCCCCCGCACAAAGAGAGCCGGGAGAAAUCCGCUGAGGGCAACACACCGAAGCAGAAGGGCGAGCCAAACAGCAAGGUGGUCAAUGGCCCUUCGGAGAAUGGGGAGCAUGCUGCUGCCGCCGCCACCGCUGCUGCUGCCGCUGCCGCCACCACCACAGGGGGCGAGGAGGUGGCUGCCACCUUGGUGAAUGGGGUGUCCUAAGCGCCCUCCAGUCGCAGGCAGCCGAUCCUUCCUCUCAACGAACCGAACCGAUCCCUACUUUUCACCUGCUUGCAACAUCUUAAGAGAAACGAAAUAAACACCGCACCGAUCUCUUGUUUAAGAACAAAACCAUUCUUUAAAACAAAACCCACCCAAUCCCCAGGUAAUUCUCUAAUACUUGUUAAAAGCUUGCCAAAGAUGGGGAAACUCUUUUGACCACGGCUCUUACCACAUCCUGGUGAAGCUUCAGUGAGGGCAGCUGGCCAGCGCAGUCCAUCCCUUUUCCUUUUUCCCUGCCCUCUCGUGAGCGGCAAGACGGGGGCUUCUGAUGCUACCUGAGCUCGUCCCCCUCUUCCGGCAGGCGUGAAGCGUGGGGAGGAAAACUGUGACUUCACACGCAUCUGUUCUUGGUGACUUAAACGUUUUUUUGUGUUUGAAACAAAUGAGAGGAAAAUAAAUAACCGGCUAUUCAAACUAGAGAGAGGAGAGGGGGAGAGAAACCUGUGCCUUCUGAGGAUGCACACACACACUCAAAAAAUAGUGCAGAAUGCUCUUAGGUUUUCCUUUAUUCUUCGACUAGUUAAAAAUCGAAGGCAAGGAUUCAGUUGUGUCAAAGAGAGAGAGGAGAGCUGGCCCCCCAAGUGCAGAGGGUUCUGUGGCUGUUCAGAUUAACCCCCUCUCCCCUGGGGUGGGCAAGGCACCAUCAGGAAAGGAGCAGGCAUGGAACAUGGAUUCUGGGCCAUCUCAGAGUUCUCUCCCCCCCCCCCAUUAAACACUGUGGAAGACAAGAGAGUGAGUCGACAGGCUUAGGACCAUCUGACGUGGCUGCCUCCAGUUUGUGUGUUUGUGCGUUGGGGGAAGGGGGAUUUGAUCUGAUCUGUGAUGGUUGAGACUAUUUAUUUUUCACUGUACAGUAUUUAAAAGAGAAUAAAAACCCAACUCUUGAAAAAAAAAAGAACCACCCACCA